ACCGUGUAUUGUCAUCCCCUUUACACUAAUCCACAACCUUUCAGGUUAUUCACAAGCAAGUCCGUAGAACAUUGAUGGACCACAUCAAGUAUAUCUACUAAUAUACUCAUCCCCAUGUUACCAUAGUUAUGUCCCCCAAUCCUAUUCAACAAUCUGGUCUCAACCCCAAGGAAGAGCUUGACUUUUCAAACAUAGACUCCGUUAUUACUUCUCCUAAAAGACAUGCCAGCACCGUUCCUUCGAGCCCCUCCCAUUUGAACGUUCGGUUUGACAAAGAUCAGGACAAGGUGCGAGACGCCCAAAAACUAAACAAGAUAAAGUCCCUUGGAAAGAUCGACAUCAGAUCUCCUAUUAUCAAUCAUGUGUUCACAUCCAAUCUGGAUCUACUUCAACCAAACGAUGACAUGUCCUUAUAUACGCCAGGAACACAUACCAGUGUGGCCUCAAGGAUUCUCAGUUAUGUCCCUGAAACAUUGUACUCGAUCCGGAACUACUAUAAUGACUUUACCACUAUCGACUGGGCUGAUGCUUUCAUAAAAACAAACAGAAUCCAGUACGAGCUUCACCAUAAACAUUGGAUCACCGAGGGGUCACUGGAUCAAGAACUCUCCAAGAACAAGAUCCCCUUAUACUACCGGGCUUAUCAUAUGAUGGGGAGAUGGGUUCUUAUUGUUCUUAUCGCGUUUGUGUUCUCGCUUGUUGCCUAUGCCAUUGACAAAUUUGAAAUCCUCUUUGUGGGGAUCAAACACGGCUACUGUAGCACAAACUGGUUGGCCAGUCAGGUGGCGUGCUGCUCUGAACCUCACUCACCAACUAAAGGUUUCCUCAGGAGGAAUGUGUUUCAAUCUGGAUUUGUGAUGAAAAGUGAUGUUCAGGAACAGUGUCCUCUGUGGAUAUCAUGGUCCACAUAUUUCCUGUACACCUCUUGGGGACACUAUAUAAGGUUUGAUUACUUUAUUUACGUGAUAUUAUCGGUAUUGCUUGCGGUAAUUGCGUGCUUCAUCACGUUAACCACGGAAAUAGCUAAUCGAAUUCCAGCUGCUUCCACCGAAGCAGAUGACGAAGAGGAUGGGGACCAAGACAAUAGAAGGAUGAAGUACACGACUGGUAAAAAAAUGUACACGGCUGCUGGCUCAGGUGUUCCCGAAGUGAAAACAAUAUUAUCAGGGUUUGUUAUCAGAAGAUUUUUGGGAACUUAUACAUUUUUAGCCAAAACAACUGCAUUGGUUUUUGCAAUUGCCUCAGGAAUGGCAUUAGGAAAAGAGGGUCCGUACGUUCAUUUGGCAACAGCAGUAGGAAAUAUCUUGAGUAGACUUUUCCCUUUUGUUUCCAAUAAUGAACUCAUUCAAAAGCAGAUCUUAUCGGCAGCUGCUCUGAGUGGCGUGGCAUUAGCAUUUGGCUCUCCUCUUGGAGGUGUACUUUUCAUCUUGGAAGAAAUAAACCACUCACUUCCUUCUUUCCAGCUAUUCCAAAUUUUCUUUUGUGCCAUCAUAUCAACAUUAUUUUUGAAGUUCUUAGAUCCUUAUGGGACAGGAAAUACUGUCUUAUUUGAAUUGAACUACACUUCUGAUUGGAAUGCGAUUGAGUUGAUAUUUUUCAUUAUUAUUGGUUUGGCUGGUGGCGUUUUUGGGGCUUUAUUCGUGAAGUUUGUAGCUUGGUGGCCCAAAGUCUUUAGGCUGAAAAAAUUGAUCCAAGAACAUCCCAUGCUCGAAGUUGUUCUAAUAGCUGCAAUCACAGGUAUUAUAACUUUCUGGAAUCCCUAUACGAAACAAGCAACCACAGAAUUAGUUUUAGACUUGGCUACUCCAUGUUCUGGUGAAAAGGAUCGUACCUUGUGCCCAACUAAAGGGGAGGAGUUUAUUUGGGAACUGGGGUCCCUAUUAUUUGCAUUGAUUAUUAAGAUAGUUUUGACGUUUAUAACGUUUGGCUUGAGGCUCCCCAUGGGUGUAUAUGUUCCUUCUAUGGUUAUUGGAGCCUUGUUUGGUAGAUUGUUUGGAACAAUUCUUGAGUGGAUCAACUAUACUUACCUGUUACUGUUGAUUGAAGCACCUAUCGGAGCCGGAGCAGUUAACCUAAUUUGCCAGAAAGGUCAAAAUUGUAUUGACUUGGGAAUCUAUUCCAUGAUAGGAGCUGGGGCAUUUAUGGCCGGAGUUACCAGAAUGAACAUUACUUUAGUAACCAUCCUUUUUGAAAUCACCAGUUCAUACACUUAUGUCUUGCCCAUUUCGAUCUCAAUAGCUGUGGCGAACUGGAUGGGUAAUCUAAUUGAGCAGAACUCCUUAUAUGAGUCCUUACUCAUUGCUUACGAUUAUCCAUUUAUGUCUCCAGAAACAGAACCAAUUGAUCCUUUAAGAACCGCUGGAGAUAUCAUUGAAACGUCUGUGAAAUACAACGAUAUUGAUAGUGAGCCCAAUAUUCAAAGAAUCAGACCUAUUUCGGGUAUUGCAAGGCCCAUGGUCCCUACACUUCUGACUGCAAACUUAGAAGCCGCGAUGGAUCAAGAUUCGUCCACCAAGAUGUAUAUUGAUAUCACCUCCUCACCCUACGUUUUAACCAGUAUAUUGAAGCAGAAGCUACUUUUGCUAGCCAGCAAGUCGCUACUUGAUGGGUGCAUUGCUUUGAUAAAAAGCAAGGUUUGUGUUGGAAUUAUUUUCUUUCCCGAACUCGAGAUUUGUAUCGAUAAGAUUGACCAAUUUUGCAUGGAAUAUGAAAUCAACGAAGACUUAUACUGUAUCGUGGGAGAUGAAGAAAAAUACUAUUUUGGGAACCCUGCUAUAGAUACUCUUCGAGACCCCAUCAAGUUCAACUUAAAUGUCUUAAAAAGUAGCCCAGCUUGCCAGUCUAAUGACAUGGACUAUUUCAUCUACCAUUCCGUCGAUCAGGAUACUGAUAACAACAAACUUUUGACCGUAUACAGCCUGUUGAUGUCUUUGAUAGACUUCACCAAACACAUCAACUACAGCCCCAUUUUCUUGAACUACAACAGUGAGUUGAGUCUUGCUCAUUUGGUAUUUGAUAAGAUUGGGAACAGAGUGAUUGUUCUUCUCAAAGACGGUCAAUACUAUGGAGUUUUACACAAAAAAACCCUUAUAGAUUUCAUUAGAAGAGAUAACUAUAAUCAUUAAAUAUAAUAAACAUCCCUCCUAUGA